AAAUGUCACCUAUUAUCUAUGAUCCUAACCUAUCCUGCAAGUUUUGUAGGCUAUAUUCGUGUUAUUUUAAGUUACUAAUAAGAAAGUGUUUUUAUUAUAACAAAAAUGAGCGAAGAAAGUGAAAUUGAUGUUAGUGAUCAAGAGUAUGAAAUAACAGAGGAAGAUCAUGCAAAGCUGAUUGAAAAUAUCAUUGGUUUGGACGACAAGCAACACAUAAGGAAAGCAACUAGAACAGAGCCUUCCACUGUAGUGUCUGAAUUACAUUUAGUAAAUUCACUAACAGGAAAGCAAGGACGUGUUUAUUUAAAUGAUUUGGCAAGGUCUUUAAGAAGUGAUAAAAGGUUUUCUAAAAUUGGAAAGCAAGUUGAAACAUUUUAUAAAAAGUCAAAGACUCUUGAAAAGCCAUUGGAGAAACCUGAAGAAGAUAGAGUGAAGCGUACGGUUGGGUAUGAGAAUCUAAAAAAUGAACUUACAAAGUGGGACCCAAUUGUUACUCAUAAUCGAGCUGCUAUCAACCUUUCAUUUCCUCUAGUAAAAGAUAUAAAUUUGACUAAUGAUAAAAAAAUUACGAGUAGAUUUAGAAUUAAAUCUGAUAUUCAGAAGGAAAUGGAAAAUCUAGAACCAAAAGUUGAAGUUUUUAAUGUUGAAGAACAAAAUAAAUUUCCUCUAACUAUGGAGGAAAUUGCAGAGAGGAGGAAAGAAACUGCAAAAUUAAGAGCAAUUCAGAGUUACAAAGCUGCGAAAAAUAAAAGGGAAAAUAAAAUUAAGAGCAAGAAGUUUCACAGAAUACAAAGAAAGGAACGUCUAAAAAAGGAGUUUAAGGAAUUUGAAGAACUACAAAAGACAAAUCCAGAAGAAGCCCUAAAAAAAUUAGAAGAAAUUGAGAAAGCAAGGGCUGAAGAACGCGUAACGUUGCGUCAUAAAAGUACUGGAAAGUGGGCGCGAAACAAACAAAUUAGAGCAAAAUAUGACAAAGAAAGUAGGCAGGCAUUGGCGCAACAACUUCAAUUAAGUCGCGAGUUGACUCAGAAAGUGAAGUCGGCAGCUGACACUGAUUCUGAUGAAGAACAGGAAACAGUGGAGCACGAUAUUCAAAUUAAUUCGGAAACAAAUGAAAAUAAUCCAUGGACAAACGGAAAAAUUACAGUGUCUCAGGAUGUAGGAGAUUUUAUUAGUGGAUAUCGAAAAUUUUGGAAUGAACAGAAUAAACACGAGAAUGAGUCUAGAGAUAAUAAAGAGGAAAAUAGAGAAUUAAAAGGCAUGAUAAAAGGAAAUGCAAAUAAAAUUGAUCCCAUAGAUAGUAAAAACACAAAUGAAAACGGUAAAAAGUUAGAUACAAAAGUAAAAAAAUGUUUUAAUGAAAAUAAUGUUAACAAUUACAAGGAAACUGAAACUGAAAAUAAUGAUAAUGAAGCAAAUAAUUGUGUUGUUAAACAGGUGGCUAAGAAAAGUAAUAAUAAACUAAUAAAGGAUUCUGAAAAAGUAGUAAAUAAAAAAGAAAACAAGAAAACAAAAGAUGGUAAAUUAAAUUUUGCAUUAAAAAAACUUAACAAUAGAAAAAUAAGUUGUAGUUCCAAGAAAUUGGAAAAAUCUUUAAGUACUUCAGAUUGGGAAGUAAGUGCCAUGGAUACAGACACUCUUAUUAAUAACUUGCCUUAUAUAAUUCAAGCUAAACUUGAAAAAAGUCUCGAACAGAAAGCAAAAAAGCUAAAAAGGCAACUGGGUUUAGUUGACAAAAAGAAUACAAAGAAUAUUAAAAAGAAAAGCAAUACAAAAGUGAAGAAUCCAAAAGCUACAAAAGAUUUAUUAGCACUUCCAAUGAAACUUAAAUAUCCCAAAUUAAAUGAAAAAAUGAUUGAGGAUACUUCCAGGAAGUCUAAUCAGGAUAUACUCCAGGGUAUAGAUAACAUACCAGAAAAUUCUAUAGAUGCUAUUUUAAGCCUAGAUACUAAAAAAAGUUCAGAACUCCCCAAAAAUAAUUUGAAUCAAAAAGACAUCGAUCCAAAUAAAUUUAUGAAUGCAAAACCUUCCAUUUUGAAUACUGGAAUCCCCGAUCUUCUUGGAUAUGACGAUAAUGUCGAAAAAGAAAACCAAGAAAGUGCAAUAGCAGAGGCAUUCCAAGAUGACAAAAUUAUCGACGAUUUUGCAGAAGAAAAGAAAGCGGAAACAGAAAAAGAAAAACCGAAAGAUAUAAAUUUAACUCUACCUGGUUGGGGUUCGUGGGGUGGGGUAGGAAUUAAAGUUUCUACACGAAAAAGAAAACGUUUCAUUUCAAAAUUCCCUAAAAAUAUACCACGAAAAGAUCAUAAAAAAGGAAAUCUAAUUAUAAAGGACAACAAAAAAUCUAUUAAGCCCCAUUUAGUGUCUGAACUUCCGUUUCCUUUUAAAAGUGUAAAAGAUUUCGAAGCCUCCAUUAGAGCUCCUGUAGGAAAUACAUUCAUUCCGGAGACUGCAUUUAGGAAAAACAUCUUACCAGCAGUAAUGACUAAAAUGGGAACUAUUAUUGAACCUAUAGAUAAUGAGAUAUUGCUUAAGAAAAAGAAAAAAUAAUUACGUGUGUAAAUACUCUAUGUAUAAUAAAAACAAAAUAACUUUA